UUUGCAACCGGCGGGAGAAAUCUCUCCCAACAAUAAACAAUUCCCCCCGCCGGAGACGCCGUCGUAGACCUAUACGCCGGUGCCUCCGCCGCACUAUUUCUACCUCAAAGAUCAGCCUACAAUUUCCCCAAAUAUUGCCCAUUAUUAGUUCACCGGAAAAUUUGAGAAAGAAGGAGGAACGGUAACGACUCAAGAAAUGGCGAGUAGCUCCAAGCUCUCACCGCAUGUGAUUGUUGUCUCAUUUGCCAUCGUUUACGUAUACUUAUCGACUAUUUUCGUUUUCGUGAAACAAUGGUUUGGGCUCGGUUCAUCUCCAGGAAUCAUGAACACAGUCGCUUUCACUGCCGUUGCCGUUAUGUGUAUCUCCAACUACGUUAUCGCCAUGUUUAGAGACCCUGGUCGGGUUCCACCUUCGUUUACACCCGACAUUGAGGAUUCGAAUCACCCGAUUCAUGAGAUCAAAAGAAAGGGUGGUGACUUGCGAUACUGCAAGAAAUGUUCUCUACACAAGCCACCUCGUUCCCAUCAUUGCCGUAUAUGUAAACGUUGUGUUUUACGAAUGGAUCACCAUUGCGUUUGGAUGAACAAUUGCGUUGGUCACGCAAACUAUAAGGUCUUCUUUGUGUUUGUUGUGUAUGCUCUCAUUGCAUGCCUAUACUCUCUGAUUUUGCUUAUAGGAAGUUUAACUGUUGAUACUCAAAAGGACGGUGAAGGAUCUUACCGAACUGUAUACAUCAUUUCCGGGCUGUUGCUAAUCCCACUUAGCAUGGCUCUAGGUGUCUUUUUAGGGUGGCAUAUCUACCUUACUGUACAAAACAAGACCACAAUAGAGUAUUACGAGGGCGUGAGGGCUAUGUUGCUUGCAGAACAAGGAGGGAAUGUCUAUUCACAUCCAUACGAUCUUGGUGUUUAUGAAAAUUUGAUUACAGUGUUGGGUCCAAAUAUCCUUUGCUGGGUUUGUCCGGUGUCGAGCUACAUAGGAUCUGGGCUUCAAUUCCGAACGGCAUACGAUCAUGCACGCAGUUUGACUUCGACUAGAUGAAAUUAUGUUAAUAUAAAGUGGAGCGGAUUGACUAAAGAAAGAUAGGGUGAGGAAAAGUAAGUUCUAACAAGUUUGUUUGUUUGUUUGUUUUUGAGGUGGAUUUUGGGGGUGGGGGGGUUACAGUUUGUUUUGGUGUUUGUAGAUCAUACAUACAUACAAUAAGCAGGAACUGGAAUGGAGUAAAAGGAUUUGUACAUAUAACAA